UAAGGGUGAGCAUGGUAUGUCAGCUGUACCUGGAAGUGAGGAGAGAUUUAAAGAAUCAUUAGAAUUAGCUGUAAAAUAUGCCAAGGAACUCUCUUGCUCCAAAAUUCACAUAUUAGCUGGCUUAAAACCAACUUCAUCACCUAAGGGUAAUGUUAGGUGCUUUAAUAAAAUGGAACAGACUUACAUUAGUAAUUUAAAAUAUGCUUGUAGCCGCUUAAAAAAAGAUAAUAUAUUGGGAGUCAUUGAACCAAUUUGUCCUCAGGCAGUGCCUAAUUAUUUUUUAGACUCAUUCUACCAAGCAAUGAAAUAUAUUAAAUUAAUAAAUGAGCCCAAUCUUAAAUUGCAAUUGGAUUUUUAUCAUCUUCAAAGGUUGCAUGGAAAUAUUACUGAGAAUUUGAAUAUGUUUUUUCCUUAUGUUGGGCAUAUUCAAAUUUCUCAAGUUCCUGAUCGUCAUGAGCCAGAUAGUGAUGGAGAAUUAGAUUAUCAUUAUAUAUUUAACCUAUUACAAUCACUUGAAUAUAGUGGCUUUAUUGGACUUGAAUAUAAACCCAAAGGAGAUACAAUUGAUGGUUUGAAGUGGCUUAAAACAUUCCCAAAUUGUUCAAUUGGAUGAAAUUAUAGAAAUCAUAACUGAAUCAAUAAAACUACACAAAUGUUUUUAUAUUUAUAUAGAAAAAAUGAAAAUCAAUUUAUUUUAUCAAACAUA